AUGACGGCACACUCAGUAUCGUCCACAAAACACGAUGAGAGGGUUCACAUCUCCGAGCACUCUAAGCCACUGGGAGACAGGAUAGGCAAUCCGGCUCCUCUUGCCAUGGGAGGCUUUGCUACAACCUUGCUGUCGGUUUCGUUGGCGAUGAUGGAGUUCCGAGGUAUUUCCUUACAGACUCAAUUCAUCGGAGACCUUUGUUUUGUCGCCUGCAUUGGGUUACUUAUCUCUGCCCAAUGGUCAAUGCUCAAGGGCGAUACCUUCUCAUAUACUGUUCUGACAGCCUUUGCUCUCUUUUAUGGGGGCUACGGUGCAACACUACUCCCCUCAUGGGGCAUCAUCGACGCUUACGGAGGAGUCGACACACCUCAAUACAACAAUGCACUGGGAUUCUUUGUGUUGAUAUGGGCAGUGUUCAACGUCUUCUUUCUCAUCGCUUCAAUCCAGCUCAACCUUGUUUAUAUCUGCAUUUUUAUUUGCAUUGAGUUAUGUCUUGUAUUUGACGCCUCGUCUUACUUUGCUUCCGCGGAUGGGAAUGCUGCGCAAGGCAAAGCGUUGAUGCACGCUGCCGGAGUGUUUGGGUUCAUCGCGGGUCUACUUGGCUUUUACACUGUAGCUUAUUACCUUUGCCAAGACGUAUUGCCAUUUCCUGUUCCAAUGGGCGAUACUUCUGCUUGGUUUCAAGCUCGUCGAGAGAAAAAGUCGCUCAAUUCCUCCAGUGCUUGA